AUGCCAUAUUCAGGAAAUCUAAUACUUGACUACUUCUCUUUAACCAAUGAAGAAACUGUUGAGGAUUGUCUUGAAAAAUGUCGAAACCAUGAAACUUGUAAAUCGGUUUCUCUAUACGUCAGCAACAGCUCAAUGCAAUGUUACUUGUAUGGAGGCCGAAUUUACGUUGGCAGCCGGCUUUGGGUGGCCAUAGUUUUAUUUACUAUACAUCUUAGAUACACUGAAUGUCCUAUACAUCUUGGAUACAGUGAAGAUCUUACAUCUGAAUGUCCUAUACAUCUUGGAUACAGUGAAGAUCCUACCAGUAAAAUAUAUACUGAAUGUCCUAUACAUCUUGGAUACAGUGAAGAUUCUACCAGUAAAAUAUAUACUGAAUGUCCUAUACAUUUUAGAUACAGUGAAGAUCCUACUAGUAAAAUAUAUAGUAAAUAUAAUUCAAUAGUUGUAUUAUUUCAGCUAAAUGUCCUAUCUUGGAUACUUUGA